GAACUAUUUACAACGAGAGCGGGUAGAUUGUUCCAGUCUUUUAUAGUGGAAGUCAUCAUUGACUUUUCAUAUAUAUUUUGACAACAAAGGUAUACUGAUCCUUUAGAUACCAGCUUGAUUUGUCAACGGUGCACGAACUUGGAGGAAAGGACACAUUUACCGAUUGAAUCGUUCACUGCAGACCUCUGUAGCCCUCGAGAAUCAAAUCGUGACUCUUAUUAAUAAACGACCAAUCGAAUCGCUUGACUUUCGUUUACUGCGUUGAUUUUUCGUGAUAAUGAAACAUCAGCCAAUAAGCUACUUACUCGAAGCAUGACGUAAUUUGAUGACUAUUAACACAAGCCUAUGAUACGGCUUUUAUCGCUCGAUCGAGAGUGAAUGAUAUCACGAUAUAGGGCCCCAAUCAUUGGUACCGAUUUCGAUAUUUAAGGCGACUGGGUUGAUCACGAGCGGAGUAAAUUCACAGUUAGCUGCGUGAAGUUCGUCGAGAUGGCACGAUUUGUUCUUUCCCUGGUCUGCCUGACCGUAUUUUGUGCUCAGAGCCUGGCGUACAGUGUCCCCACGCCAGACAUCACGCUGAUCUCACCUCAAGGCAUUCGCUUCGCCGUACCAAGUAAUCCAGGAAUCACUCUAGUUGCCUAUCAUUACAAUAUCGGCACACCCUUGUACAACGUGGCUGCAGGGCAGUACAACUUUGACGUCAAUUCCGCAUCAGGUGGGUACUGGGUUCAUGAGAACAAGGAUAUUUCUGUGGCUGGCCGGACAGUGUACUACUGGGUGUUGGUGGUAUACAAUGGUGGAGGCUAUACACUGACUGAACAGUCCUGGACAGAUGCAGAUGGAUCGUCAGGUGGUGAUAAACCCACACCGGAGUGCUCGAGUUACCCGUGCAUGGCGGGCUGCGAUAUGUCUGUCAAGCCUUGCAACGGAUUGAUCUUUGAGGACACCUUCGACACUUUCAACCUGGAUGUCUGGGAGCAUGAGAUCACGGCUGGUGGAGGCGGGAAUUGGGAGUUUCAGUACUACACCAACAAUCGCUCCAACAGCUAUGUCAGGGACAGUACUCUCUUUCUGAAGCCGACACUGACUUCUGACAAAUAUGAUGAGGGUUUCAUCACAUCAGGAACUCUGGACCUUUGGGGUGCUUCGCCGGCUGACCUGUGCACGGGGAAUGCCUACUCCGGCUGCCAGCGGUCAGGCGCACCCACCAACGCCAUCAAUCCCGUCCAGUCAGCCCGCAUCCGGACCGUCCACUCUUUCGCCUUCAAGUACGGCAGGGUGGAGGUGGUGGCUAAGAUGCCGACAGGGGAUUGGCUGUGGCCUGCUAUUUGGCUUCUUCCCAAGCGCAACUCUUACGGUGGCUGGCCAGCAUCAGGCGAAAUCGAUAUGGUCGAGAGCAGAGGAAACCUGAACCUUGUCGAUGAGAAUGGUGUGAAUGUUGGCGUAAACCAGAUGGGCUCUACUAUGCACUGGGGUCCGUUCUGGCCCCAGAACGGCUGGCCUAAGACACACUCUACUAAAAAUUUGCCCACGGGACAAACCUUCGGGAUGGACUUCCACAAGUACGAGCUGGAAUGGACAUCUGAUGGACUAAAGUUCUACGUGGACGACGAGCUCAUUCUGGACGUAGACCCCGGCACCAAUGGCUUCUGGGAGCUGGGCGAGUUUGAGAAGAGCAACCCAGGCAUCGCCAAUCCGUGGGUUGGCUCCAGCUCCAAGGUGGUGCCCUUCGAUCAGGACUUUUACAUCAUUCUCAACGUGGCUGUGGGGGGCACCAACUACUUCUCUGAUUCUCUGACCAACACACCCUACGCUAAGCCCUGGCUUAACUCCUCCCCUACCGCGCUCUCCGAUUUCUGGAAUGCCAAGGACCAGUGGUACCCAACUUGGAACCCUGACGUCAACAACGGUGAAGACGCCGCCAUGCAGAUUAAAUCCGUUCGCGUGUGGGCUAUUUGAGAACCUUGGCGUCAGACCAAUUUUUGUCUGACCUGCCAUCGUGACGUGAACAGUUCAUGCAAUCGUUCGGACUUUAAGGACAUUUUAUUCUUGACAUGUUCUACUCAGAAUAGCAUGGUGCAAGUUUGUUAAUAAUACCUGUUGAGCAGUAAUUACCCUUUUACCUUUUAAUUAUGAUUAGUUGGAGUUAUAGUAUUUCUGUUUAUAAAUUUCAAUUAUUUUUUAUUCUUUUCAUCCGACACGUUUAACUCAUUGAAUUGUGGCAAUAUUUCAUGUUUGUUAUGAUAGUUGUUUAGCCAUCUUGGCACUUUAUCUUUCAAAUGUGAUUAGUUUGAAGCGAUGCAUUUGAGUUUUCGUUUUUGCUUUUUGUUUCUUUUUCAAUCAAACAAGAUUUGCUGUCUGAAUACACCGAUGCAGUGCAAAUACUGAGCAUGUCGACCUAUCCUUGCAAUUAAUUUAGAAAGAACGUGUAAAAGAGAGCAUACCUGUAUAACAACAUCCAACAGGGCAUAUCAACUGCACGAGAACAGUGGUUUGACUGGUACCUAUGGAAAUAAACCACACUUGCAUGCGUUUGUUGGAAAUAGCAA